CAGGAAUCCCACUGGGACUGUGGUGCCCUGGGACUCUCUCUCUCUGUGCUGGGAGUCUCUCUAGCCUUCCAUUGGAUUUCCCAGGCCCAUGUUUAGAAGGAAAGGUCCGCACAUCCACGGCAGGGAUCACAUGGGCAGACUUCCCUUUAUGGUAACCAUUGGCUGAAGAUUCAGAGGUCUUGAAGUUCCGGUGAUGACUUGGAGGAUGCCUGGAAUUGAGAUGGGUUGGGGAUGCUGAGAAAUGCUUAGGUGUGCAUGAGGUAUGCCGGCUUCAGCCAGUUGGGUAGCUCACCAGCUGAGGGCGGAGCCUGCAUACUGAGAUGGAAAUGGAAGCUCAGGGUGAAGACUGAGGUGUGUGCCGAGAGGUCAUAUGGCUUCCUGGCCCUUGUGCCAGGGACAGAGUGGACAACAGUGACCCAGAUGUGGUCUGUGUGAGACGGGUGAUUGGGAGGAGUCCAUGUGAAUUCCUCAGUUGAAAGGAUGGACAGUCUUCCAGCUUGGAUUGAUUCCAGCUGUGGUGGCUUCAAUGAACCCACCCUCUAGAGGCUCAUAGACUUGAAUAUGUGGUCCUCAAUGGUGGAACACUUUGGAGAUAAUAAUGAGGAGAUGAGGCACUGGGGGUGGGCUUGUAGGUCUCAAAAGCUCUUGUCAUUCCCACUUAACUCUCUUAGCUUGCUGCCUACGGAUCAGGAUGUAAUUAACCUCUCAGCUGCUGCUCUAGUGUCCUGUAUGUCUGCAGCCGUGCUCCCUGCCAUGCAGGUUACAGACUCACCCUCUGAGGUGUUAGCCCCAGUGCACUGGUUGUUCUGUAAGUCGCCUAGUCAUGGUGUCUCUUCACGGAAACAGAAAAGCAGCUAAGCCAGCAUGUCCACCUGCCUGCUGUUGCUGAGCACAGUGGGUAGCGGGACCUGGAGGACGGCUGGGUGUCAGUAGGUUCACAGCCUGGUACCCUCUGAGGGCUGCGUGUCCUUUGAGGAUGUGGCUGUGUACUUCUCCUGGGAGGAAUGGACACUGCUCGAUGACUCUCAAAGGCUCCUGUACCAGACUGUGAUGACGGAGAUCUUCACACUGGUGUCCUCACUGGGACUCAUUCCUUCUGGGAUCCAUGACAUCACUCAGCUGGAGUCUUGGGGAGAGCCCUCUGUGCCUGCAUUGAGAUUCCUGACUCCAGGUUGUUGGAUCAAAGUGGGGAGUGAAGCGUCCCCCUCUGAGCAGAGCCUGUCUGCAGAAGGAGGUGUCAGUUCAUCCAUGCUACACCAGCAAAUGCUGUGCUGUGCUGAGACCCCCUUGCUCCGCACGGACAGUGUGACGAUCCUGCAGACCUCCUCGGGUCUUCUCGGGCAUCAGGUGACUCCCAGGGGCGGGGAGCCGGCCGCGAACACUGAGAGUGGAGAGGCCGUUCAUAGUGAGAAGAGGAACUGCAUAUGCAGUGACUGUGGCAAAACUUUUACUAGCACGUCCCACCUCAAUCGCCACCGGAUGAUACACACUGGAGAGAAGCCUUUCCAGUGCAGCGAGUGUGGCAAGUCCUUCAGCCAGAAGGCCUUUCUCGUCAAGCAUUUCAGAAUGCACACCGGAGAGAAGCCGUACAGGUGUGGCGAGUGUGGCAAAGCCUUCAAGCACAAUAUCUCCCUCAUUUCUCACCAGCGAGUUCACACAGGAGAGACGCCUUUUACCUGCACCGAGUGUGGGAAAUCAUAUAUGACCAGAUCCAAUCUUACACGUCACUUUCAAGUUCAUGCUGUGGAAAAGCCUUACAGUUGCGGUGAAUGUGGCAAGGCGUUUAAGGAGAAAUCCAGCCUCAUGUAUCACGUGCGAGUGCACACUCGGGAAAGACCUUUCCAGUGCAGCGACUGUGGGAAGUCCUUCAGCCAGAAGGCCUUUCUCAUGAAGCAUUUCAGAGUUCACACCGGAGAGAAGCCUUAUCGGUGCGGCGAGUGUGGCAAAGCCUUCAAGCACAACUGCUUCCUUGUCGCUCAUCAGCGAGUUCACACAGGAGAGACGCCUUUCACAUGCACUGAAUGUGGCAAGUCAUACAUGAACAGAUCCAGCCUUCUAUAUCAUUAUCGGGUUCAUACCGGAGAAAAGCCAUAGAAGUAUAGUGUAGUGGUUUGAGGAGGUUUGGCCCCAUAGACUCAUCGCUUCAAUGCUUGGCCUAUAGGGCGUGACACUAUUAGGAGAUGUGGCCUUGUUAGAAUAGGUGUGACCUUGUCAGAGGAAGUGUGUCCUUGCUGUGGGGGUGGCUUUGAGGUCAGAUGCUCAAUCCGCGCAGUGUGGAGAGUCUGUUCCUGGCUGCCUUCCAAUCAGGAUGUAGAACCUCUGCUCCUCCAGCACCCUGUGUGCCUGCAUGCAGUCAUGGUGCCCGCCAUGAUGAUAAUGGACUGAACUUCUGAAACUGUAAACCAGUCCCAAUUAAAUGUUGUCUUUUCUAAGAGUUGCCUUGCUAACGGUCUCUUUUCGAAGCAAUGGAAACCCUAACUAAGACAUGCAUCCAAUGCAUUAAUUCAUCUAAGAAAAGAAAUCCAGCCUUGUUUAUCAUGUCCAAGCUCAUGCAGGGGAUAGGCCUUUUGAAUGUUGUGAAUCUGGGAAGUGUUAAAACACAACACUCACCUCAUAAAAGACAAACAAGUUCCUAGUAGGGGAAAGACUUUUGUGUGUAAUGUGUGCGGGAUGCAGCCUCAUUUAACAUCAGGGAUUUUAUGCAGCAAAGCAUCAUGAGUGCAAAGAAUGUGGCAAAGUGUUUUACUGCAGGACUGACUGGAUCACACUGAUAGAGUGUAAGGAUCGAGGGCAGGGGACAUGGGAAAUAGUUCCAUGAUCUACCUUGUCUACACAAGAGGACGUUUGUGGAACAAGGGUCAAGAGUGCUUCAGAUGUGGGGAGCCUUCACCCCCACUUCCAUCCUGUUCAACUGGAGACCAGGUCAGAGUGCAGGGACGCAUCGUGAACCCACUGAUGCUGGGGAAGCCUUACAGCAAAGACUGCUCUUAGUAGCCACACGGGCACCACCCAGAUAGGUUUGUGAACGCAGGGAACAUAGAGAAAGCCCCAGCCGUAGACCAGCUUGUUGAGCCGUAGGAGCGAACGGGACUUUGAACAGAGAAGUUCUGAGAGUGGCCUUUGUGAGGGAGCCAGUCCUUGAAAGUUACUCAGCAAAGAAGAAAACAGAGGCAAGAUGGGAAUUAUUGCCAUCUUCUUAUUCCUAAGAAGUUAAUGCUUUCUGGGGACUUGGCAAGAGGAAGCCGUGUUCUUGACUGCACCGGUGUGCAGUGGAGACAGUCUCCGUGUUACUGAGUUUGAGUGGGGGAGGGAGACAGUGACCUCGUUUUAAAUAAGACAUAUUUUUUGUUGUUUGUUUUUGGUUGCCCUUUCUUUUCCUCACUGAAUAUUGCAGUCCCUGGGACAAAUGAUCAUUUACUGCAGUCUUCAUGACUCCUGUGUUCCUAAGUGUCACUGAUUUUGUUGGGGACCAGCUCUGUGUAGCACCUUAUGCCCUUACAUAGGAGUGCAGUCCAUAUGUGUUAGGUGUUUGUUGUUUGUUUCAUGUGCGGCUGCACACAUGUAUGAAUACUAAGUGCAUAACUGACGCCUUUGAGGCCCUCGAAAACACACUGGAUUCCUGGAACAGGAGUUACAGAUGGGUGUGGCCAGCCUGUGUGCUGGCAAUGAUCCCGGGUCCUCUACAAGGGCAGCAUGCAGACUUAUGCUCUGAGCCCUCUCUGAAGCCCAUGGUUUAUGGGUUUUAAGAAGUUACCAGAUUUUGUUCUAAAAGGCUGUGGGUUUCAGAUUUGCUCCUGCAGCACAUCAGAUGCCAGUUUGUCACAUCCGGACAUUUUCCAAGUCAUGAGGUGUUCUUUAACAAUUUCAGUAACUAUAUUGGCUUGAGCAUGAUGGCUCAAGCCUUUAAUCCCAGCACUCAGGAGGCAGAGGCAGCCGGAUGUCUGAGAGUUCAAGGCCAUCAUGGUCUACAUAAUGAGUUCCAGUAUAGCCAGGACUAAAUAGAGAUAACCUGUCUCAAAAAAAUAAAUAAAUAAAAAGAAAGAAAGAAAAGAUAAAAGAACAACACUUAAACAAAUCAAACACACACACUAUACAUACAUAUACAUAUGUGUGUGUGUGUGUCCCUCUCCCUCCCUCCCUCUCUCUCUGUCUCCAUCCCCCUCUCCUUCUCUCUCUCCCCCCCCUUCCUCUUCUCUUUCCUCUCUCUCAAGGCCUAGUCCAGUGUGCUGCUCAUGUUUAUUCUACUACCUUCUCUCCCUGCUCUGGAGUCUUCUUGAUGCCUCUGGCUAUAAUCUUCCUCAUAUCUACAAUAAAGUCCUUCCCUCCAACCACACCUAGAGCCGACGUGCCCUCACUUCAUACAGCUAACACACCAGGCACACAUAUUUUUGUGCUUAUUUUUUUUCCUUUUCUCUGGAUGUGUGGGGUGUUUUGUGUAUAUAAACAAACAAACAUUUAAAAAGGUUUCCGAGUUAGGAGGCCCACACUGGGUGGCGGGCCUUCACUUCCAGCACCCAGGAGACAGAGACAAUGGAUCUGUGAGCUCACAUGCAUCCUGGUCUACAGAGUGAAUUCCAGUGCUAAACCUGUAUCAAAAAAUAAAAGAACAAAACAACAACAAAAAAAAACCAAAAACCAACCAAACAAAAAGGCUUUUAUCUUUUACUCUUUUGAAAGUUUUUGAUAUUUCUGUGAAAAGUGUCAAAGUCUGUGGGUUCACGAUGGGCUCUCACUCUUGACCCCAGGAUGCCCUCAAACAUUUGAUUUUCCUCCCUCGUCCCCUGAGAACUGAGGUUGUGUGAGUGCCAGCAUGCCCUUUGAUUUCUCGAGCUUAGACAUUUCUGCUGAUUUAAGAUCUUUUCUCUAAAGAGGUGAGAAUUCUCGGUCUAACCAUAUUCAUACCUCCUCUAAGGAGUGUGAGUAUGCCCACGAACAGGCGUGUGACAUAGGGUCUUGUAGCGUCUGCACAGACUUCUGCUUUCCCAGACUGUAGGGCAGGACCUCUUGCAGAGGCCUUUGGUGUGGUGUGAGCUAGUGGUGGCCUUGUAUUUUCGCCUGGUCUACAGUGGACUUGACCUGCAGUUGAGUGCUUCCCGGGGACAGCAAGUGGAUAGUGUGAUAGCAAAUGGAAAUGACACACCGGUGGGUAAAGCCACAAGCAGGCCUCUCCGUGUAUACAGAAAUAAAAUAGAGCAAAAGCGAAGCAUGUGAUAAGGCAGUGGUUCUCAACCUUUGUAACGCAGCGACCCUUUAAUACAGUUCUUCAUGUUGUGAUGAUCCCCAA